GAAGCAGAAAACACACUACGCCUGAUGCAGAACAGGCUGAAGGAGGAGGAAAAACGCCUGCUCAAGAGUGGAAAUAACGAUGAUUCAGACAUAGAGAUCCAAGAGGACGAGGGAUCUGAUAGUGAAGAGGAAGACAGGCAGCUAAUAAAGCAGCGCACGGCCAUGGAGAUCCUGAUGCAAGGGAGACCCAACAAACGGAUCGUGGGGACAAUGCAAGGUGGAGAGACAGAGGAUGAUGAGUCGUCGGAGGAUAGUGAGAUUGACCUGGACGAUGAUGAAGAUGAUGAUGAGGAUGACCUUGAAGAUGACAGCAUGGAAAUCUCUCCCAGCAAGGCCAAUCGCCGGGCCAGGAAGCCAGAGCCACUGGAAGAGAGUGAUAACGACUUCUGACUCUCCUUCCGAGGUGGAGCCACUCAACAUCUCGAGAUGGAAACUUCUGCCAGCGAAAAAGUUGGGAAUGUAACACACGCUGCUGUGCCCUCAGGUAUUUUAUAUAGGAAGGAAAUUUGGAGUCGGUAAAUAAUAAAACUAUGUUCACAGUGACACUUAAACGUUAAUUGCCAAUCUCCUUCCCUGCUCAUCUUUCCCAAAAUGUGACUCAAUCUGAUGAUAAUUAAAAGUGACGUGAUAUUAAAUACUUGUUUCCUUAACCUGUUGGAAAGUGGGAUUGUAUCUGAGUGUUAGAACUGGAGUUCCACAUUCCAUGAUGCCAAAGGUUUGAAAACCGCUACCAGAUGGUGGUUUAGGCCUUGUCUACACACAAACCGGUACCAGUGUAACUAAUACUGGUUACAACUGAUGCAAAACUCUUGUGUGGGUACAUUUGAAUUGAUUUAAACCUGCUUUGUGUUGAUUUAGCCAAAACUUAUUCCUUACCAGAUUAAGAGCUUGUUCCCACACAGAGGUUUCACCAGUUUAACUAUAGGUGUGAUAUUAAACUGAUAGAGGUAAGCCGUUGCAGAACAGUGUGUGGAUGCUGUUAUAUUGGCAUAAACCCAUUUUAUAUCAGUAAUUUAACUUAAAUCUCUCAGGAAGAGGGUUAAGCAAAACUGCAAUAACCCACUCUUGAGCCACCAUCACAGGGCUUUGCAGCAGUUGAAUUAAAUCAGCAUAAGCAUCAACCCUUUACUUAAAGUCCUGAGCCUGUACAUAGACCAGGCUGUAGUCUCUUGCAAUGAGUGCAGUUAAAUAAGUCCAAAGCUUGUCUAGCUGCCAUGGGUUUGCCUUCACUGCAAGGCGUGCCUUACAAGACCUUCCUUCUUUGGAUGUCUUUUGCAUGAUACCUCCCGAUAUGACAACUGGGUAGAGCUUCUCUUCCAUAAACAAGCCUAAAAAGUCACAGAAGUCUAUUCUGCUGUCCUCCUGCAUGCUAUACAAGCUGUUUUGUUUAUCUAGAUCCCCGUGUUUCAGAAAUAAAUGUAUUUUCUGCAUUGA